UUCUGGGAGGAGCUCCUCUGGCAAAGCAAAAAGGAGGAAAGAAUUUAACUGCGCAAAAAAAGUCCUGAUGUCCAAAGUUCAGAUACUUUUUCAACGUGCGUUUCAUAGAGAGACACACAGAGGAGAUGGGGACGGCUUAAAAAACACUCACAGCUGAGAUCCAGCACUGUUGUGAAGACUUUUCCUCUCUUAUUUUAUUAUUUUGAGCAUUGAGGAAGCUGUGAUUUGAGCGCCUCGGCAUAUUCAGAGAGGAGGGAGAAGAAGAAGUGGAGCUCUCCGUGUGCGUAAUUUGGAGCUUUUAUUGUGCGUAAUUUGGAGCUUUCAUUGUGCGUAAUUUGGAGCUCUCCGUUUGCGUAAUUUGGAGCUUUUAUUGUGAAGACAAUGCAGGCUCGCUACUCCGUCUCCAGUCCCAACUCUCUGGGCGUCGUGCCGUACAUCAGCAGCGACCCGAGCUACUACCGGGCCGCCGCCGGUGGAGGAUACACCGGCAUGCCAGCACCCAUGAACAUGUACUCUCACGCGGCUCACGACCAAUACCCCGCGAGCAUGGCCCGUGCGUAUGGACCGUACACUCCUCAACCUCAACCCAAGGAUAUGGUGAAACCUCCCUACAGCUACAUCGCUCUCAUCACCAUGGCUAUCCAAAACUCUCCCGACAAGAAGGUGACCCUGAACGGGAUUUACCAGUUCAUCAUGGAGAGGUUUCCGUUUUACCGAGACAACAAGCAGGGCUGGCAGAACAGCAUCAGACACAAUCUGUCUCUCAAUGAGUGUUUUGUGAAAGUGCCCAGAGAUGAUAAAAAGCCAGGUAAAGGCAGCUAUUGGACUCUGGAUCCGGACUCUUAUAACAUGUUUGAGAAUGGCAGCUUCUUGAGGAGGAGGCGACGCUUCAAGAAGAAGGACGUGGUGAAAGAUAAAGAUGAGAGGCUGCAGAAGGAUGUGACACCGAGGCAGCAGGAGCAGCAGCCGGUGCAAGGCAACUCCAAGCCGGUGAGGAUCCAGGAUAUUAAGACCGAGAAUGGGACUGUGACGCCACCACAAGCAGACUCUCCAUCUUUGAUGCCCAAAAUCGAGAGCCCGGACAGCAGCAGCAGCAUGUCCAGUGGUGGGAGUCCUCACAGCAGCAUCCCGUCCAACAGGUCCAUCGGUAUGGACAGCUCCGAGCAGCAGCAGCAGCAGCACCACCAGGCCUUCAGCGUGGACAACAUCAUGACCUCCCUCAGGGGGUCUCCACAAGGCUCCACAGAGCUCACCUCCACCUCCAGCAGGACAGGUAUAAUAACACCAUCUUUGUCCUUAAACUAUUCCCCCAAUCAGACUGUAUAUAGCUCACCAGUGUGCAACCAGAACUCCACUACCUCCAACUCCAACGCCACCUAUCAUUGUAACAUGCAAGCCAUGAGCUUGUACGCAGGAGACAGGUCGAGCAGCCACUUGUUGGCACCACAACCACCGAGCACCACCGUGGAUGAAACGUUGCCAGAUUACUCAGUCACUACCACCUCGUCCUCCAUGAGUAAUCUAAACUCCUCUGGACAGGAGGGCCAUCAUGCUCAUCCUCACCACCAAGGGAGGCUGACCUCGUGGUACCUGAACCAAGCUGGAGACCAUCUGGGCCAUCUGGGUGCAGCUUAUCCGGCACAGCAGCAGCAGAACUUCCAUUCAGUCCGAGAGAUGUUUGAAUCCCAGAGAAUUGGCUUGAAUAAUUCUUCACCGGUGAAUGGGAAUAACAGCUGUCAGAUGUCAUUCCCACCGAGCCAACCCAUCUAUCGCACUUCGGGAGCUUUCGUAUAUGACUGCAGCAAGUUCUGACACCAAAAAAACAAAUAAAUAGGCUCAGUAUUUUUUUUCCUCAUGGUGUUUGAACUCUCCCAGUAAAAAUUCAACCUGCCCACAUCAUAUGGACUAAUAUGAGACAGAAAACAAAAAAACACAAGAAAAGACUUUUCUUUCUCAGUGUUACUGCAAAAAUAACACGUAAGUCUCUCUUUUUGCUUUUGUGGCUUUUUUUAUGUGAUAUAUGUUAAGAAAUGUGUCAGUUUUCAUGGACGUGUUAAAUUGCAUAUAGUAAUUUAUUUCUAAAAAAUAAAAAAAAUGUAGCCGGAUAUUAUGGACCAAACACCCAAAAAAAAGUGUUUCUAAAUUGAAUUGCCUUAAUUGUCCAAAACAAUUUGUUCCAUUAUAAAGAAAGUAAAAAAAAAAAAAAAAAAAGGAACGUGUAUAUCGAAGUACUAUUUCAAAGAUUCUUCAUUUGUUGAAAAAGUUUUUCUGAAGGAUUUUGUUUGUUUCUUUAAUAAAUUGUCAUUUUAUGUGA